AUCGAAGUAGAGCACCCAUGCCCACAAUCUGAUGGGCCUAAGGAGAAGCUCACAUCCUCCUACUCCAUCACCGGGGCAUCUGUGAUCCUGCAAUUCCCUGAGCUCCGCUAGGUGAUUAUUAUUUCUUCUUCUUCUUCAUCUUCUUCUUUUCUUAUCUGAGAUUUUCCAAAGACUUUUGUAAUCACUGGUAAACAGCAUUCCAUUUUCGAUUUCUGUUUUUGUUUCUAUCCACUUCGAAUUUCUCGAUAAGGGCCUAACUGCGUGUCAAUUCCUGCAAGGAUUUAAGAUUUGGCAGAGGAAGAUGAAGUUCGUCAUGGAAUUCGCCGAGAACAUGAUUCUGAGAAUGAUGGAGGAUCCGAAGGAGAGGGAUCGGAAGUUUCGCGAACAUCUCUACACGUUGAAGGACAGGUGCAAGCAGACGAAGGAGAUGUGGAGCCUUCCUCUUCGUCCGUACGGUUUCUGGACUUUCGACCGCCACAAUGCUCAGAUAUUUUGGGAUGCUAAGAUCAGCCAAGCUCCCGGCCGCCGUGAUCCGUACGACGACCUUCUUCAGGACGACCGCCACGACGUCUCCACCCCUUACCCCUCUUCUACCACAUCCACUGACAAGUGAUUAUGAAGGAAGACAUGCAAGUAGCAGCUAGCCAGGUUGCUUGAAGCUUGGACUCUUGGCUUGGUGUUAGAAUUAGAAUUGGAAUAAGUUCUGCAUUGUGUGUGAGUUUAUGAUGAAUCUUUGUUUCUCUCUUUCUUUCGCUGGGAGGGCAUGGCCCACCUUACUCGUGAUGCCGCAUUUCGAGCCAUCAUAUGUGUCAUACUUUGUUGUAAUGCUUCAAUGUGAGCCAUCCUAUGUUUCACAAUUUGCCAUUGAGACACUAAAAUAAGGUUGUGUUCAUCCUACAUGAUCUCAUCUAACUCGCGUCUACAAGCAAUUUUC